GGUCACGCCGGCGGCGCGCGCGUGCGCUCUGGCGCCUUUGGGUUUGACCUAGAGCCGCCCGGGGAAAAGAUGGCCGCGCCAGCCGUGUCCGGGCUGUCCCGACAGGUGCGGAGCUUCAGUACGUCUGUGGUCAGGCCAUUUGCCAAGCUUGUGAGGCCCCCUGUGCAGGUGUACGGCAUCGAGGGACGCUAUGCCACCGCCCUUUACUCUGCGGCAUCGAAACAGAAUAAGCUGGACCAGGUGGAGAAGGAGCUGCUGCGUGUGGGGCAACUCCUGAAGGAUCCCAAGAUGUCUCUUGCUGUUCUGAAUCCCUACAUCAAGCGCUCCGUCAAAGUGAAAAGUCUGAAGGAUAUCUCAACAAAGGAAAAGUUCUCUCCCCUGACAGCUAACCUCAUGAGCUUACUCGCUGAAAACGGUCGCCUGAGCAAUGCCCAGGGAGUCAUCUCUGCCUUCUCCACCAUCAUGAGUGUCCACCGUGGAGAAGUGCCCUGCUCGGUGACCACGGCGUCUCCUUUAGAAGAAGCUGUUCUCUCCGAGUUGAAAACAGUGCUGAAUAGCUUCCUGAGGCAAGGCCAAGUAUUGAAAUUGGAGGUGAAGACUGACCCGUCAAUCAUGGGUGGGAUGAUCGUCCGAAUUGGGGAGAAAUACGUCGAUAUGUCCACAAAGUCCAAGAUUCUGAAGCUCGGCAAGGCCAUGCGGGACUUGCUCUGAAGGCUGUGUCCACCUACGAGCUCUCAUCCUUGGAGCAACAAUAAACGUUUCCUGAAAAGAGGG